AUGCGUGUCCACUCGGCACCACAGCGUGGCGUUCAGUCGUCUCAUCCGUUGGACAGUCCGCUUGAUCCGGCCCUGCUGGAUACGAGCGUGCCGGCCGUAUUUCCACCCGCUCUACGACGAUAUCCUUUUAACGGGCUAGCUCCGGGGUCGGACGAGUACGAGCAGGAGCAACCGCACAGACCUUUACAGGAUGGGUUGGGUGGUUCGCGGUCAGUUCCCACGGUUUCGGAACGGAUAGUUUCAGGAGCGUACGGUCGGCGAUCCAAUCCGUACGACGAGAAUGGCAUCGAAGUGCAGUUGGCGAAUGGCGAACUGGCGAUGAUCGGUAAUCGGUUGUGCAGGGAAGAUUCCGGUAUCAGCAUCCAUGACCCGCAUGGAACCGCCGAAGGAAGUCGUGGAAGUCGUUUAGAGCGGUUGAAAAAAAUGUGCUCCUUCCAGGGAACCCUUUCUGGGGUAGGUUCCGACACGGAUCAGCCAACCGGGGUCAGUCGCAGCCAACACUGGAUGCUGAUUGUUACCCCCGUUGUUUCAAGCUUUUCCUUGGCCCUGGUCAUUGCUGCCGUAGUUGGCCCCCAGUGGUUGCUGACGGAGGAGAAAAUCCCGAUCGCCCCAUACCAGAACAGCUCACACGGAACGGCCGGUACAGUCGCACCCGCUCAAACCGGAAGUCACCUACACAACCAGCAGCUGAACAUCCAGCAUCCGCAUCUCAUACCGGCCACCAAGGACGACGCAAGCGGAGGUUACUUCACGAAGUACACCAAAUCGUCCCUUUGGAUGCUGUGCAGCAAGUACGCCGGUGGCACCGUUCCGAUACAACCGCAGCAACACACCGUCGGUACGGAUUUCCAGUGCGCCAGCAUCGACUACUUUCCCACCGAGGGCUACAGUCCCGAUCCGAACGAUUCGUCGAAUGCAAUCCCAUAUACCGUAACGCACUCGUCACCAUUCUUUCUCGCCUCGAACGGGGUGCUCAUCGUCAGCUACGGCCUGUUCCUGGUGGCCAUGUGCUCGACGAAGCACAAAAUCUGCUACUUCGUGUCCGGGGUGCUAUUUAUAAUAUCGGGAUUACUGAUGCUGAUUGGCCUGAUUAUGUACAUCUCGAUACUGAAGGCGGAGAUCGGUUCCAAGCUCCGGCCAAGGUCGUCCCUGCAAGCGCCCCAGUUUACGUUCCGGUACGGUCAGAGCUUUUUGCUGUACGUGUUCGGGUUCAUCAUCACCGAGCUGUCGGGCAUCCUGAAUGUGCUGAUCUACUCGAACGUGCAGCAGGACGAGUACGACGGUCAAUCCGUUUAUCCGACGUACCAGAACCUGUCCGGUGGCAUCCAUUACAAUCUGCAUUAUCGGCGCGAGUGGCCACAUCCGGCCGGUGACGAACCACCCAAGGUCCUGGAUGGUCCACCGAUCGUCGAUUAUCGUUAUCCGUACGAUGGACUCGGUUGUGAAGCUUCACCACGGUAUUAUUUCGAGCAGCAACAGCAGCAGCACCAGCAGCAGCAGCAGCACCAGCAACAGCAGCAGGAUCAACAGCACCAGCAUGAAACCGAUCUCGACUGUCGCGUUCAUCGGGGACGUUCUUUGGGACGUGCGUCAGAUGGCAUGUCGAAGAGUCUUAGCGAUCUGAUGUACAUGGAACCGACGCAGCUCAGUCCGAACGGAGAGUUCACCAGCAUUCGGGCUUACGAACGCACCAACGGACACCAACAAGGACACCGGGUUGAGUCGGGUGUGGACACUAGAUCACCAAACGCAAUGUUCGCUCCAUCACGGUGGUCACCUCGAACCGGAAGACUCACGCGCAGUGUUUCAACCUACACGGAUCUGCUCCCGAUGGGAGUGGAAUGCGCUGGUGAGGUUAACGGAGGACGAACUCGAUCUGGUCGCGGUAUCACCCACUCACCCACGCGCAGUGACGACGAAGGAACAGCCGGUGGGAAGGUGAGCAACAUCUGUGGCCUAUCCCGGCAGUAUCUAUCACGCGAGCUUUCGAAGGAGAAGCUGUUCAACGAGUUCUGCAAGAAGGUCGGUCCACGGCCUAAACCCAAGAACAUCUACUACAUCGAGAGCGAUGGGCGUAACGGGGACGACAGCUACCGGAGCGUGUUUGUGGUGGAUCCUGGCACGGUGACCGGGCGUACCAGGGUUCCGGUUCACCGGAGACGUAACUCCGUCGCGGACACGAGACGUCGGUUUACCGCACAGGAUCAGUCACCGUCGUGUGGGAUCGGGUUUAGGCAGCGUGUACGGUCGGACAACUCGCUGGACGAUUUGGUGGAUGACGUACAGGAUCAUUAUGGCCGUCGUCGGGAUGCGAUGGGACGUGCCCGUUCCGUAGACUAUCGGCAGACAUUGCCGCGGAAUUUCGCCCAACGCCACGGGGAGAUUUGUGGCGAGCCAGAGGACGAAACCGGUGGAUUUGGUGAGCGAAUAGCGCUCGAGAGGAAGCGAGUAUCUGCGAGUGGUCUGUUGUUGCCGGAACCGGAACGACUUAACGCGUCACACGGUGAUCUCACCUCUGAGGAGACGUUUUCCGGUGGUACAAGAUGGCAGAAGAGUGGUUCGGGUGGUAAAUCAUCGCAUCAUCAUCAAUCCUCCAGCGUCAGGGCGAGUCCACUUUGCCCGCGAUAUCUCGAUCCUCCCGGUUAUGCAUCUGCAGCGAUGCAUCAGCAAUCACAUCCGGUGGGAAAGGGCCCGUCUUCUUCUGAUUCUCAUACGUUUCGCAGCUACGGUGAUUUAACCUCACACCAUCAUUCUCGACGGCCGACGAUCCUUUCGCCGCAGGUUUUCUCACCCAUCAGUCAACCGGCCACGCCACCGGUGGUGCGAUCCAUCCUGACAGUAGUACAGCAACCGCCACAGCAUCAUCGGCACGUUCAUCACCAACAUCAGCAUCAUCGGCGUCAUGAAGUUCAUCACCACGUAGAACCGAUACCGUCACCAGUGUUCGAUCUGGAUCGCAUCGAGCAGGAGCGCCGUAAAUCGCAUUCGCAGCUAUUUCUCAGCACUCCUGCGUCCAGUGGUACCACUAUGGAGCAGUACGAUUUUGUCAAUGGUACAGCCGUUUAGAACACCACGGUUAUUUAAGAGGCGAAUCCUCGCAAAGAAUCGUGUUGAAAUAUCGUCGCCAUUUAAA